AUGCGUGUCGAUCCCUGUUUCUUUUGCGGCCGUCCGGCCUGGCCCUCCAAGGGCAUUACCUUUAUGCGUAACGAUGGCAAGUCCUUCCGCUUCUGCCGCUCCAAAUGCCACAAGAACUUCAAGAUGAAGCGCAACCCCCGCAAGCUCAAGUGGACCAAGGCCUACCGCAAGAACGCCGGCAAGGAGAUGGUGGUCGACAGCACCCUGCAGUUCGCCGCCCGCCGCAACGUGCCCGUCCGCUACGACCGCGAGCUCUUCGCCAAGACGGUCAAGGCCAUGGAGCGCAUCUCGGAGAUCCGCCAGCGCCGCGAGCGCAUCUUCUACAAGCGCCGCAUGGCCGGCAAGCGCGCCCGCGAGGUCGCCGCCGCCCGCAAGCUCGUCGCCGAGAACGAGCACCUCCUGCCCCGCCUGCGCGGUUCCGAGAAGAGGAGGCUGGCCGAGCUCGCCCAGGAGACGGGCCAGGACGUCGAGGAGCUCGAGCGCGAGGAGCUGGCCAAGAAGGCGGCCACCAAGAAGACCAAGGCGUUCGGCGGCGAGGUCAAGAGGCUCCGUGUCAGGACAGACGGCGGCGUGGAAGAGAUCUCGGAGCGCGUUUUUGGUGGUGUCGAUGAGGAUGACGGUGACGAGAACGAUUUCGAGGACGUUGACGACGAUGACGAGAUGGAUACCGACUGA